CUCGCGACUCUGCAUCCAUGAAAGUCGACCGCGCGUCGCUGCGGCGCGAAACGCCUCUCGCUUUCGCCCGCGCGGAUGCGUGACCUGUGUCGCGCGCGCAUCGCGAACCCGGCGCGAAGUGGAACAGUGUUCGGCGCGCCUCUCGGAGACGUCCGUCCGUCCGGAGUUCGCCUUUGUCGCGACGCGCGCCGGCCCAUCCGACGACGAUGUCUCGGGAAUACGCGACGUUCUGAAGCGCCGUCCUCGAGCGGCGACGAGUGACCGCGCUUUAAUGUUGUGCCGUCUGUGACGACGAGUGCCGCGACGAAUGGAGAAUUUAAUGGGGGCGAGCGAUUAGCCGUCGCCGAGGUAGUACGCGUGUCAGUUCAAGUGCGCGAAGUUGUGUCCUGUGAACUGAUUUCGAUGGUCUUCGAAAACAUCGAAAUGAGGAACCCUGCGGGGUUCCUGCUCGAGGACGCCAGGCAUGGAUACAUCCAGUACAUCAGUUUGAGCGAAUGUUACUUCGCGGGCAAGGGCGCAGCCCUGGUUUUACCGCCGAACGAAAGGGCUCGUCCCUCGAGGCGAGUCUCGGCAGCAGGAUGCGAUAUCCAGCAACACUUACAGUCUAUGUUCUAUCUGUUGAGGCCCGAGGAGACUUUGAAGAUGGUGAGUACGAAGGAUUUUUGAAACAAGUACCUUUAUUUAAGAAAAUUGCACGUAAUUUUCUUGGUAUAAACUUUAUAUCAUGAAAUGCUUCGUCUUGUAUCGCAACUACA